AUGAUGCACAAAUCCAGUUCUGUUACACGAUGUGAAAACCGUCUAUCAGAGAAGGAAUUUGGCGUUGAGACAAGGGCGAUUCAAGCCGACUUCACGAAGCUAGGCAUCUACGAGGGGAUAAAGGAGAAGUUGGUAGGCCUGGACAUCGGGAUCCUCGUGAACAACGUGGGAAUGGCAACGAGAAUCAGCCCGUUCCUAGAUGUCCCGGACGGAGAGAAGACAUAUCAGGACGUACUCCUAGUCAACAACAUGUCAACGGUGCGGAUGACCCACGUGGUCCUCCCUGGGAUGGUCGAGAAGAGAAAGGGGAUCAUCGUCAACGUCUCCUCCAUUUCAGACAUCUCCCCGGUUCCUCUCACAGCAACUUACUCCGCAACGAAGAUAUUUUAA